AUGGACUUCCGAUUGUCUGGAAUGGUCAUGUCGGAGGAAGCGGUCUUGGAGCGAAGAAUCAGAAUAAAGAAGAAAAAGAUGUGCGACUCGACCGCAGAGCUGUCGACCCAACAGGAGCAGGUGGUUGAGGAGCUGCUCUCUGGCCUCCGCAGCACAUUUGACUCGUCGUUUUCACGCUUCACCGGCUUUAGGCCCAUGGACAGAGAUGUGUUGACGGGGAACCAGCCAUCCAGACCGCAGACCAGCAGCCUGAUGAAGAGCUGGUGUACGGCUGAAGAACAUGGAGAUGAACCUUCAACGUCCUUUUACCCCUGCUCCCUUUCCGCCACCUUCUCCCCGUCUCUCUUUUCCUCUUCCRCCCUCUCUUUCCUCACCGGUUGCUCUGAAAAAGGAGAGGACAACGUUGGAGACGAAAGCAGCAGCGUUUACACUAACCUCCCGCAUCUGGCCGACCUCACGACCUACAUGAUCCAGGACAUCAUCCGCUUUUCCAAAAGCCUUCAGGACUUCCGGUCACUAAGUAUUGAGGACCAGAUAUCUCUACUGAAGGGAGCCACGUUUGAAAUAAUGCAGAUUCGCUUCAACAUGGUGUUCAACACUACGACGAGCAACUGGGAAUGUGGCUGUAUUACGUACUGCAUACACGACGCAGUGCGAGGGGGUUUCCAGCCGCUCCUGCUUGAGCCCCUCUUCAAAUUUCACCACAAUCUGCGCAAACUGGACCUGCAGGAGGAGGAGUACGCCCUCAUCCAGGCCAUAUCGCUGUUUUCUCCAGAUCGUCCCGGGGUGCAGCAUCACGCCGCCAUCGAUAGAGUUCAAGAAAACCUGGCGGAAACUCUGAAAGCCUGGAUCGACUGCAAGAAAAAAGGCCCAAAGAAACACCUGCUGUAUCCCAAAAUGAUCGCCUGCCUCACGGAGAUGAGAACGAUGACGGAGGAGUACAGCAAGCAGAUUCUGCAGAUCCAGGACGUGCAGCCCGAUACCAUCUCUCCGCUCAUCAUGGAGGUGGUCAGCAAAAACCCCUGCAACAACAUCUGAGGCCCGAAACUGGCCACUUCCAGCAUUCGGCUCUUAUUUAGCCAUUUGGGGAGGGGAAAAAACUGAGCGUGCCCUUUGAUUCGCUGCUAUGUGAGGCACACAGGAAAGGCGACAAAGCCAUCUGCUUUUUGCACAAUUUCAAAGCAUUCGCUGGGCAGAAGCGAGCUUUACAGACUCACCGAUCUGCUGGUUUCAGGUGCUUUUGUUGUGGCAUUUUUGAGACGAUACGAGUUUUGAUGUUUACGAUGAUUUUCACUGCACUCAGAAUGAAGACUGCUCAGGACGCUAAGGGAAAACGUCUUCUGGAAGCAUUUAUACCGUCUCGCUUGUUACCUCAGGUUGUGUUCAGUUUUGUGUUUGUUGUGCUAUGUAAGACAGAAGUUUAACACUUAUUGUAAAUAGAACUGAACAGUAAAGGUGCUUUUUUGAAAUCUGUCAUUAUGUAGCCUGAUUAAGAUGUGUUAAUUUAUAUUAAGGUUCAGAAACCCCUCAAAAGUCAGUCUGUCUGGUGAUACCGAAUCAAUCUGAUAAAUCUUUUUCACAUGKAAAAAAAAGAUUUCUGUGGGGGGUUUUUUCAGGACAUUAAUUUGUUUAAGCCACAAUUAAGAUGUCAUUCAAAUGUUAAUGAAUGAAUCAAAGAGAAGUAAUAAUCAGGGCAUAAAUGAAACAAAUUAUUAAUCUGAUUAAUUAGAUUUGUUGACUAAUUAAAUGGGCAAAGAAAGCCACAAGCAAAAAUGCCACACUGCUUCUACUCUACGCGUUGAUGAAAAGGACAGACGUUGGAUAGAGAGCUUUCAAAAUAUUAUCUAAACUGAUUAAAGAGUUAAAGUUCA